UGCUGCAGGAAAUUAUAUUCCAUCCAUGUUAAUUUACCCAAGAGUUCGCAUGACUCCCCAGCUUCAAGGAAACGGACCCUCAGGAGCAAUUUAUGGCUGUUCAAAAAAUGGGUGGACGAAUGAGAACUUCUAUGAACUGGUUGCAGCAUUUCAAUAGUCACGUGAAACCAAUUCGUGAUGAUCCGAUGCUUCUUAUAUUGGAUAAUCACUCAAGUCACAUUUCUGCUGCAACUUUUGAAUUUUGCAAAGCCAAUUUCAUCACUGUUGUCACUCUUCACUCUCACACGCCUCACAGAACCCAGCCUCUUAACCUAACUUUUUUUGGUCCGUUGAAAAACGCUCUUUAUCGGGAGUAUGAUUUCUUGAAUAGAAAUGCUUAUGAAAAAAAAUCACUGAAUAUAACCUCGCAAAGUUGCUAAAUAAGAUAUUCGGUAAAGUGGCUAUGAAAAGAU